UCCGUUACAGUGACAGCAGCAGCCAUGCCAGGUAUCCUGCUAGGCGAACGCUUUCCUGACUUCGAGGCGGACACCACCAUUGGCAGAAUCAAGUUUCAUGAAUUCCUGGGGGAUAGAUGGGGAGUCCUUUUCUCACACCCACGGGAUUAUACUCCUGUGUGCACCACUGAGCUUGGACGUUGUGUAAAGCUGGCUCCAGAGUUCAAAAAACGCAAUGUUCGCAUGAUUGCCCUGUCAAUAGACUCUGUGGAGGAUCAUCUUGGCUGGAGCAAGGACAUCAACUCUUAUAACUGUGAUGAGCCCACAGAGACACUACCCUUUCCUAUUAUUGCAGAUCCCAAAAGGGAUCUGGCUGUACAGCUUGGUAUGCUUGAUCCUGAUGAGAAGGACAUGCAGGGGAUGCCGGUGACUGCAAGAUGUGUUUUUAUCAUUGGUCCUGAUAAGAAAAUGAAGCUUUCUAUUUUGUAUCCAGCCACUACUGGAAGAAAUUUUGAUGAAAUAUUGAGAGUUGUGGAUUCUCUUCAACUGACUGCAGUCCAUAAUGUUGCAACUCCAGUAGAUUGGAAGCCUGGUGAUCGAGUCAUGGUACCCCCAACUGUUCCUGAAGAAGAAGCCAGAAAAAUAUUUACAUGUGGCGUCUUCACCAAAGAGCUCCCUUCUGGCAAGAAAUACCUGCGAUACACACCUCAGCCACAAUAAAUAAAUGAAUUAUCUACUGUUAACAACAAGUAGUAAUUUGUUCACAUGCAUGGUUGAUCUUCUGAAGGUAGAAUAUCUAGUAAAGUCUCCACAAAAAUCUGUGAGAGGAUCUAAAAUGUUUGCACACAGCACUGUCUUCAGUGUGUCUUUUAACUUUGAGGGCAAUGGCACAAGCAGAGGUUUGUUUCCUAUAGGAAAUUGAUGUUCCUGUGGGUGAAAAAUGCUGAAAAAUACCUUCCAUUUGCAAACACACAUGCUACAAUCUGGCAUGAAUGCAAGAUAUGCCUACUUAUGCAUUUUUUCUAUGAUUAUACUAGAUGAAAAGUUUACAUGCGACUAUCAAAACACUUGCAAAUGUAAAGGUAUUUUCCAGCAAUUGUCACCUUGCAGGGCUGGCAUCAAAUAUUUGCAUGUGCCAUUGCUUUUACCCCCUAAAUAAAUGAAUAACUAAAAAAAAACAGUUUUCAUAAUUUUGAAUUAGUUAGCCUAUGGAUCAUUUUAAAGACUCCAAAAUUCUUUCAAGUUUUGUGUAGGUAUUUACCUCUAGUGCCUUUUAAGAAAGCCAGCAGGCACAUAAUCACUUUGCCAAAGAUUUGAUUGGUGCUUAUGACUUAAUAAAACCAUAUAUGUCUGACUGCAGCCUUGCAUUUCAAUUUGUGGUUCUAUUUUUUUUUGUGAAAUAAAUCUUGUAUU